GAUAGCCACAUACGUAAAAUACAUGCCAUAGACAUCCCUGUGUCGGGGAGGCUGGUGUGCGAUGGGUGAUAACCAACCAGCCCGUAUCUCAGGUGUUCCUUGAUGACCUUUGACUGCGAAAGUCUGAACCGACGAACAGCACACGACACGCAGCUCAUGAUCCCAUUCUCCCAUUACUCGGCAAUGGCGGCUUAAAUGUUCCGUGUUGUAAAUUCAGCCACAUAGGCGGGAACACCGUGUUAUUAUAUAACGUAUACCGUUAGGACGCAACUCACAAGUAGAGUCCCGCAACGAGAAGACACGUGCUAGUAUGACCAGUGACGAUUACAUUGAAUUUGACGCACUUCAUUCUGGAAUCCGUCCUGUAUAACCGACGCAGUCGUAAUCAAUAUAUACAUUCAAAGAACUUUUGACCUCAAGAUUAAUCUAUGCAAACUGGUGCUACAUUUUUCGUGAAUUAUUCGAAAUGUCCAGAAAGAGGAGAUAUUGUUGUAAAAUCGUCAUUUUGACAUCAUUAGUAUGGAGUAUGCUGGAUUUGGCGUUGAUUGUCCAAUUCAGCAAUAUAUCAAGCGGCGACUAUGGCAGAUUUGAAGACAUCGAGCAAAUGGACGAGAAACUGUACGUUCGGACUGAUGACAUUAGUUCUAAGCAACGCGGAGUCAUACAAAGAGAACCUGCCGGUAAAGAGUCUAUCGAUAUUCACGCGGGAAAAAAAAGUCAUCCUCCGGAAGUUCGAAACAAAAAGGAAUAUUUGUUGAAGAAGUUCGUAAAAGAGGAAAUCUCAAAGUUAAAUUUGAAAGAAAACAAAAACGAUGCGAAUUUUACGGGUGGGAAAUCAGAGAAGGUAUACGCAUUGAAAAAGUUUAUAAAAGAAGAUAUCGCUAAAUUGAACGAAGAAGAUCUAAAGAAGAUGAAACAAGAAGCAGAAAAAGGAAACGUCGAACCUGAACCAGGUGAAUACGAUGUAGCCGAAGAUCAUGCGUCGAACGAAAAUGGCGUUGAAAACCUUUUGACCAAAGAUCAGACUGGAAAGCGUGAUUCAGAGAAAGCGCAUGGCGGAAAUAAAGUGGAAAAGGUGGAAGAUGACUCGACACAGACUGAACAGCAACAGAUACAGCGACGGUCUGGGAACAUUUUGCCGCAAUUAGGGCAUCGACCAUUGGAGCAGCCAUGGUAUCCAGACUCGCCGGGUGAAGGAGGUAUGCCGGUGGAUUUGACACCCCAAGAAGCUCGACUGAGCAAAGCAACCUUCUAUCAAUUCGAAUUCAAUAUCAUCGCCAGUGAUAAAAUUGCUCUGAAUCGGACAUUGCCAGAUUCCAGACCGGUCGCGUGCGAACACAGAGAAUAUCCACACAUUUUACCAAAGACGAGCGUCAUCAUCGUAUUCCACAACGAAGCAUGGACUACGUUGUUACGGACCGUCAUCAGUGUCAUCGACCGAUCUCCAUGGCAACUGCUAGAAGAAAUCCUCCUCGUCGAUGACGCCAGUACGUCAGAGAAGUAUUGGUUACAAAGUGAGUUGGAUGAGUAUGUUGCUAAGCUACCAGUUAUUACCCGUGUCAUCCGUACUGGAAAGCGAGUUGGUUUGAUACAAGGACGACUCAGAGGAGUUGAAGAAGCCAGGGGUGAAGUAUUGACAUUCUUAGACUCCCAUUGCGAGUGUAACAUCGGAUGGUUAGAGCCGCUCUUAUCAGAAAUUGUUAACGACAGAACAACGGUGGUGGCACCAAACCUCGACGUUAUCAGUGAUAAGACGUUCGGGUAUACUUUUAUAAAACCCGAGCAGACGAUGAUUGGUGGAUUUGGUUGGUUGGUGGACUUCAAAUGGUACAGUUUGCCGAAACGAGAACGUCUUCGUGUGAACAACGACAUGUCCCGACCACUCAGGACUCCGACGAUAGCGGGCGGCCUAUUUGCUAUCGACGCCGACUACUUUCACCGAAUUGGUCUCUACGAUCCAGGGUUUGAUACUUGGGGCGCCGAAAACUUGGAACUUUCGUUCAGGGUAUGGCAGUGUGGCGGAACACUCGAAAUCGUACCAUGUUCACACGUUGGCCACGUUUUCAGAAGUAGCAUCCCAUAUAAAUAUAAAGACAACAAAAAUCCAGGCCUAACCAUUGCGAAGAACAACAUGCGUUUAAUGGAUGUCUGGAUGGACGAUCUAAAAUAUUUCUUCUUGGCGAUUUUACCGCAUUAUGCAGAGCAAGAAUUUGGUGAUACGUCGGAGCGGAAACAGUUGAGAAGUAAUUUAAAAUGCAAGGAUUUUAAAUGGUAUUUGGAAAAUAUCUACCCUGAAAACACAAUGCCCAUGCAAUAUCAGAUAUUGGGUCACAUUAAACAUGUUGAAAGUGGGGAGUGUUUAGAAAUGUCCAGAAAGGAUGGCAAUACACCUGCCAUACAACCUUGCGGCGGACACUUUGAUGAGGUAUUGAUGUAUACCAAGCAGAGCAACCUGCAACACGACUAUUUAUGCUUGUACGCCAAUGAAUAUGACAACAGGGUGACAGAACGAAACUGUGCCUAUAAAGAAGAACAAAAAAACAACCCUAACUUUCAGUGGUCAUAUGACACGCGGGGGAUGACUUUCAUUCACAAGUCCACGGGCAAAUGCUUAGAGCGCCUUAUGACGGAGAAACGCAUACCAUCGCCUGUUUUGAACGAAUGUGACGGGAAGAAUUCACAGAAGUGGAUGAUGAACAACAUAACGCUGUCCGGGAAGUGGAAUUAACUGGAGUACGCUCUGAUUAUCUGUUUACACAUUAUAUAAAAUAAUUCUAUUUAUUUUAAUAUAUUUGUCAUUAUUUCCAGUGACAUCAAUUCACUUUAAUAAACCGUAUUAUCCAAGUUUUA